GUGAUGACGGCUAAAGAGAAGAAGACACAGCUGGAUGACAGAACCAGAAUGACAGAGCUGUUUGCUGUGGCAUUGCCCCCUCUACUGGCCAAGUAUGCUGUGGAUGCAGAGAAGGUGACGAACUUGUUGCAGCUGCCUCAGUUCUUUGACCUGGAAAUUUAUACCACAGGACGCCUGGAGAAGCACCUGGAAUCCCUGCUGCGUCAGAUCAGGGAAAUUGUGGAGAAGCACACAGACACUGAAGUUUUGGAGGCUUGCUCCAAGACUUACCAUGCCCUCUGCAAUGAGGAGUUCACAAUCUUUAACAGGGUGGACAUUGCCCGCUCCCAGCUGCUGGAUGAGCUGGUGGACAAGUUCAACAGGCUACUGGAGGAUUUUCUACAAGAGGGUGAAGAGGCUGAUGAAGAUGAUGCUUAUCAGGUUUUGUCAACUCUAAAAAGGAUCACAGCAUUUCACAAUGCACAUGACUUGUCGGGGUGGGACCUCUUUACCAGCAACUUCAAGCUACUCAACACAGGCAUAGAGAAUGGAGACAUGCCUGAGCAGAUAGUCAUCCACUCUCUGCAGUGUACCCACUACGUGAUCCUGUGGCACCUAGCCAAGUCAUCGGAGGGCAGCUCCAGGAAGGAUGACCUGGUGACCCUGAGGAAGCAAAUGCGGGCAUUCUGUAUGAUGUGUCAGCGCUACCUCACCAACGUCAACACAGCCGUCAAAGAACAGGCAUUCACCAUCCUGUGUGAUCUCCUGCUCAUCUUCAGCCACCAGAUGGUGUCCGGAGGCAGGGAACACCUGGAGCCUCUGGUCUAUUCCCCAGAGGACUCGCUGCAGUCUGAACUGCUCUCCUUCAUCCUGAACCAUGUCUUCAUAGACCAGGACGAUGACUCAAAUAGCACAGAUGGGCAACAGGACGACGAGGCGGUAAAGAUUGAAGCUCUGCACAAGAGGAGAAACCUCCUGGCUGCCUACUGUAAACUGAUCAUCUACUGUGUGGUAGAAAUGAAGACUGGUGCUGACAUCUUCAAACAGUACAUGAGGUAUUAUAAUGAUUAUGGUGACAUCAUCAAGGAGACUAUGAGUAAGACUCGGCAAAUCGACAAGAUCCAAUGUGCCAAGACGCUCAUCCUCAGUCUGCAGCAGUUGUUCAAUGAAAUGCUGUCUGAACUGGGUCAUGGGUUUGAUCGCUCGUCCUCUGCAUUCUGUGGAAUCAAAGAGUUGGCCCGUCGUUUUUCUCUAACCUUUGGUCUCGAUCAAGUCAAAACCCGAGAUGCCAUCGCUAUGCUGCACAAGGAUGGUAUCGAGUUUGCAUUUAAGGAUCCCAGUCCCCAGGGAGAAGGAGGCCCUCCCCUAAACCUGGCUUUCUUGGACAUCCUCAGCGAGUUCUCCUCCAAGCUUAUGAGACAAGACAAGAGGACUGUCCACAUGUACCUGGAGCGCUUCAUGACGUUCCAAAUGGCACUUCAGCGAGAGGACUGCUGGCUCCCCCUCAUCUCCUACAGGAAUUCUCUGCAGGCUGGUGGUGAUGAUGAUACCAUGUCGGUGAUGAGUGGCUACUCCAGCAGAGGCUCCUCCAUCCGCUCCAAGAAGAUCAAACCUCCUGCUGCUACAGCUGGAACUUCAGCACCCAAGAGGAAGCUGCCAGAAGAGGAGAGCAGCAGCAGCGAGGUGUGGCAGCAGAGCAUGCAAACCCCAGUCAUGUUGCCGUCCCCCCACCUCACCUCCACUGCCAUGCGAGACCCUAAGAGGGGCCGUGAUGACAGCUUCAUGGGGGUCUACGCCCUCCCUCACGACCAGCAGCAGCCCCACCAACACCCACAGCACCAUCAACAGACGCCUCAGCACCACCAGACACCCAUGGAUUACAAUUCCCAGGUGACGUGGAUGCUGGCUCAGAGACAGCAAGAAGAGGCACGCCAGCAGCAGGAAAGAGCAAUGAACUAUGCCAAGCUCAGGACCAAUCUGCAGCAUGCUAUUCGUCGCGGCACUGGGCUUAUGGAGGAAGACGAAGAGCCGAUCGUGGAGGAUGUGAUGAUGUCGUCUGAGGGUCGUAUGGAUGACCUCAAUGAAGGCAUGGACUUUGACACCAUGGACAUUGAUUUG